AUGGUUAAGAAGCGCGCCAGUAACGGUCGAAAUAAGAAGGGCCGCGGCCACGUUAAUCCAAUUAGAUGCUCCAACUGCAGCAGAUGCACUCCAAAAGAUAAAGCAAUUAAGAGAUUCACCAUAAGGAACAUGGUAGAGUCGGCGGCUAUUCGCGAUAUCUCGGACGCAUCAGUGUUCCCUGAAUACACAGUUCCCAAGAUGUACCUCAAGCUGCAGUACUGUGUCUCUUGCGCUAUCCAUGGCAAGAUUGUUCGUGUCCGCUCCCGCGAGGGCCGCCGCAACAGAGCACCACCUCCCCGCGUCCGGUACAACAAGGAUGGAAAGAAGGUCAACCCCAACCAGGCUGCUGCUAAGACCACCCAAGCAUAA